GAUAUAUUAUUACUUCUUGAACUUUUAGAAAGGGCUACUAGAUAUUUAUUAGCAUUAUCUUAUCCAACUAUAAAUGAUACUCAUCUUAUAUUUACAGGAAUUCAGACAUAUUUAGAAAAAUAUACAAAUGAAAAUAAUUUUACAGCAUGUGAAGUAGCAGCUUUAAUAUCUAAAGAAUCAAAAUCAAGUGCUCAUGCUUAA